CAUGACACCGCCCCUUCCCGACGUAUGGCGCUCUCGUGUCACAUGACCGAUCCGGGUGGAAGCAGCAUGCAUGGCGUGCGUGAGUGCGGAGCUCCUCCACAAACUUUACUUUAUUUGCACUUAAUUCGUCUUUAUAUUCAAUCCAUCAAACGGGACGUGAACGUAUUUAAAGCUGGAAUACCGCUCGCAGCAUGGACGAAGGGAAUAAACUCCAGUUCCCGUCCCUGCCCGCUGCCACAGAAGAGCAGCUGGACUGGGCAUAUCCAAUGAGAAGAGAGAUGCAGGAAAUCCUCCCAGGCCUGUUUCUUGGCCCUUAUUCAGCUGCUAUGAAGAGUAAGCUCUCAAUGCUGGAGAAGCAGGGGAUAACUCACAUCGUCUGUGUCAGACAAGAUAUUGAGGCCAACUUUAUAAAGCCAAACUUUCCCCAUAAAUUUAGGUACCUUGUUUUAGAUAUAGCAGAUAACCCUGUGGAAAAUAUUAUUAGGUAUUUCCCAAUGACUAAAGAAUUUAUUGAUGGAUGUUUAGAGACAGGGGGAAAGGUACUUGUUCAUGGAAAUGCAGGGAUAUCAAGAAGCGCUGCCUUAGUUAUUGCCUACCUUAUGGAGACAUUUGGUGUGAAAUACAGGGAUGCCUUUAGUCAUGUACAAGAGAGACGAUUUUGCAUUAAUCCCAAUAUAGGCUUUGUUCAUCAGCUACAGGAAUAUGAAGCAAUAUAUCUUGCAAAGCUUACCAUCAAGAUGAUGUCACCCAUUCAGUUGGGCAGGUCUUUCUCCAUCCAAGCUGGGAUGCCAGGUAAGAGAACAUUUUAUGACCAAACGUGUUAUCAAUCUCUGGUGCAAAGAUAUGACCGUUUAUGA